UAAAAUGUAUGGCGUUCGACCACAAAUUGAAAAGGGGAAAACUUUAUAUAUUUGACAUAUUUCACAUUUUGCCUCGUUGUUAUUAAGUAAAAUAUAAUAUCCCCAAACCAGACUUCUCUUGCGUUCGGACUGGGCCGCCACCGUGGCCAUGCUUGUUUGUGUUUGUUUGGAUUGGAACGGGGGGCGGAGGAGGAGGGCUUGGCUUGUGAGAAAAGGGGGCGGGAGCAGAGCAGAGCAGGACACGCCGGUGCAGCAGGCGGAAGGAAAAGUAGUGCUAGCAUGAGUGCAAGUCGUCAAAUUGGAGCAGAAAAAAAAUGAGGAAAAAUAUUAUUAAAUAAUUUACUACAUAGAUACUCGUCAACUUGGGUCGAGGGAAAGAGCUCGCUGGCUGGCUGGCUGGAUGGAUGGCUGUCUGGAGCGCUCUCAGCCACACACACGCACGCACACACAUACAUACACACAGUUACGGGCACUUUGACGAGAAGGUCGGAGACAUCAUGGUUGUGUCAGCGCGGAGCUGGCUCACCAACGAGGGAGGAAAACACUUGGUCCUGAUGAUGUGGUUGGGAGCUAACAGCUGGCUCUUUGUCAAAACCUUCCUGAUGUACUCCGGUGGACAGCAGUAUCACUACCUGUACAAGAUGCUUGGGCUUGGACUUUGCAUCAGCAGGGCCUCUGCAUCUGUGCUGAACCUAAACUGCAGCUUGGUGUUGUUGCCCAUGUGCCGUACACUUCUUACCUUUGUCCGAGGAACACACAUGGUAUCAAGCAGAAAGACCCGACGCCUACUGGACAAGAGCAAAACCUUCCAUGUGGCCUGCGGAGUUGCCAUCUGCAUUUUCUCUGUUGUUCACGUCUCUGCUCAUCUCGUGAACGUUGUCAACUUCAGUCGCAGCUACUCAGAAGACUUUCCAGCUCUUAAUUUUGCUCGCUACAAAGGAGAGGAUCCAACGCUAAUCAUUCUGACCACAGUUCCGGGAAUCACUGGUGUUCUGUUGGUCGUCAUCCUUUUCUUGAUGUUCACGUCCUCCUCCUACUGCGUACGAAUAUACAACUAUGAGAUUUUCUGGUAUACACACAACCUCUUCAUCAUAUUCUAUAUCAUUCUCAUGGUGCACAUGGUCGGAGGAGCACUAAAAUAUCAGACUAACAUUGAGGCCCAUGCCCCCGGGUGCUUACGAGCCAACCACAGCAGCGCCGAGCAACGAGGGGAGGAUCUGGAUAAACGUGAGGAAGAGGAAAUGCGAUGCAAGGCAGAGGCUCACUUCCAGUCACACUGCCCACAGACAUGGCUGUGGGUGUCAGGUCCUUUGUGUCUCUACUGUGCGGAGCGCCUGUACCGCUAUAUCCGAAGUAGUGAUCCGGUUACCAUAGUGACAGUCAUCAGGCAUCCCUGUGAUGUCAUUGAGUUACGAAUGCUUAAGAAGAACUUUAAAGCUCGUCCAGGGCAGUAUAUCGUUCUCAACUGUCCCAACGUUUCGUCAUUUGAGAACCAUCCCUUCACGCUAACGUUGUGUCCCACAGAGAACAAGGAAACGUUUGCUGUCCAUCUUCGGGUCGUGGGAGACUGGACUGAACGCUUCACACAGCUGUUACUUCCUGACAUUAGGAGGGACAUGGACAUCCUCCCUGUGGUGCAUCAAAGAACAUACCCCAAGCUUUAUGUGGAUGGUCCGUUUGGAAGUCCUUCAGAGGAAGUGUUCAACUACGACGUCAGCCUUUGUGUAGCGGGCGGAAUAGGGGUCACGCCGUUCGCCUGCGUCCUGCACGCUCUGCUUGACGGCUGGACGGGGCUCAGGUUGAAGAGGUUAUACUUUGUGUGGGUCUGCAGGGAGCUCCAGUCCUUUUACUGGUUCGCUGAGCUACUGUGUGCCCUACAUCACAAGUUAUGGCACGAAAACAGACCCGACUACUUUAACUUGAAGCUGUACGUCAGUCAGUCCGACAACUUGCAGUGCUUAAGUGAGGAGAAAUACCGUCCACUUGCAUCACGGCUGUUGGUGGGCCGACCCAAGUGGAAGUUACUGUUACAUGACAUUGGACGGACCAAUAAGCAUAAGCGAGUGGGGGUGUUCUGUUGUGGACCCAAAGGCAUCUCCAGGACUCUUCACAGACUGUGUAACUCGGCUCAAUUUCCUGGAACUACUUUUGAAUUUAACAAGGAGUCCUUCAGCUGAUUGGGCUUCAGCAAGGCAAGCAGUAGCUACAGUGGAUUCAGUCACUCAGCAUUGGGAAUUUUAUAGGCUACAUGUAAUAUAGCCACUCUAAAAGAGACUGCCAAAAAGGGGACUUGAACCUUGGCUUUUUACUUUACAUUUUAUCCAUGGUGAGAGGGUCUGAGCCUAAAACAAUGUUCUACAGAGGAGCGUCAGAAUGGGAUCAACCUCUAAAGUUCAUCGGGAAUUGUGAACAUCACCUCUCACAACCUAAUGUGCUUCAUUUUGGAAGCUGCUAAUCGAUUUAGCGCUUUAUUUGUUUUAUGGAGGGAUCGACUGGCCACAUAAACAUGUUUUAUUAUUAUUAUUAUUAUUGUUUUUUACACAGUGGUCCCUUGAGGUAAGAGUAAUCUGACUUUACGAGGUUUUUUAAGAGCCAAGCCGCCAUUUGUCUAAUUUCUUUGCGAUGACCUGCGAGCACAAAGUUGCCGCAUGUUACAGAUACAUGGUGACUGUGAACUCAAUUCAACUCACUUUACAAUAAGUAGCUCUUUCUCAAAUAGUGAAGAAUUCUUCAAACAAGAGGCUUCAGGAUGCUAAUUGCUUUUCCCAGUUCAAGUUUACUGUUAACUAAAUAUAGAGAUAAAUACACGUGUCUUUAAAACAACCAAAAACUGUCCAAAGAAAUACCUUAGUUUAAUUUAAUUAAUAUAGAGAGGUGCAGUUUUUGAAACCUUUAAGUGAUGGAAAUUGAGUCCAAGGCUAAUAUCGUUGCAGCGCUUAGAAAAGUGACAAUGUGAUUAUGAGUCAAAUUCAUUGUUCGUAUGACUCUACUCUCACGUUAGAAGGAUCAGCAGCAUGAAUUUGAAUUGAAGCAUUAAAUCGUGGGAGGCUGGACUGGAUUAACAGCAGUACCAUUCAUUUCAGUGGGUAAAAAUGAUGUGACAUACGAGUGUUUUCAGUUACAAGCGGUGUCCCUCAAAUUCAUAUUUCAAGGCACCACUGUAGAUGCACAAGUGGAGAAAAUAUUUCUUAUGACAAUGAAAGAAGGAGUUUUAUAAAUUGUACAAAAAAUUAUGCACAUCACAAACCAGUAGUUAUAAUUAAUUACAGUACUUCUUGUCUUCAUUUACAUGAUUUAUUUUGUUUUAUCGUAUUUUAAUUUUGAGGGGCAAAUCUCAGCUCAGGUGUUUGGAUGUUCUCUCCAUGCGUGCGUUUUCAUGAAUUCCUCUGACAUACAAAGUCAACUAAAGAAUUUAAAUUGC